GACUUGAAGAAAAUGCAGCAGUGAAUGUACGACGGAAGUGAAUGGAAGUACGACCAAUCGUGAUCGUUGCCUCUGAGACUCAAAAUAUUACUUGCGCUGAAAAUAUAAUUAAAAAAACUGUGGUCGUUUGGUCUGCAAUAAUAAAAUAAUUGUCGCCGCUUAUAGGAGACCUCUGACUUUUAUGCAAUCAAUAAACCACUACAGAAAUGUCUGUGUUUUUCGUAAAUGCCAAUAAAAAAGAUAUAUCUGAUAUCACUAACAGGACUAACAGGAAUAUAAUGAAAAGAAAUCAAGAUAGCGAAGUAGAGGGUGACUCAAAUGGCGAUUUACAAAUCGCUUCACCGGGCAAUUCCGAGGCUCAGCAAGCCUUGGCUCAUUUCUGGCCAAAAGCUAUGGAAGAAAUAAAAAAUAUCACAACUAUGGAUCUUAAAACACAAUCUUUACCACUGGCAAGGAUAAAAAAGAUCAUGAAACUGGAUGGAGAUGUAAAAAUGAUAAGUGCAGAAGCACCUAUGCUUUUCGCCAAAGCGGCAGAAAUCUUUAUACAUGAACUGACCCUUAGAGCUUGGGUGCACACGGAAGAUAAUAAGAGACGAACUCUUCAACGAAAUGACAUUGCAAUGGCAGUUACAAAAUAUGAUCAAUUUGAUUUUCUCAUAGAUAUAGUACCCAGGGACGAGAUAAAACAAAGUAAAGCGCAGAAUGAAGCCACUGUACGUACAUCUAUGAACUCGGAUCAAGUUCAUUAUUACUUCCAAUUGGCCCAGCAACAAGCUUCGGCGAAUCAAGGUGUGCAGAGUAGUGGCACUACUGCGCAACCCAUACAAAUUGUUCAACCUUCCAGCGGGCAAAUCCAGACCAUCAAUAUUGGCAGUCCUGUAGAAGAGAGCACUAACACCACUACCGCCCAAACAGUUACGGUCCAAAGUCCACAGCAGUCGUCUAAUCAACAAAUUAUUCAACUGCAACAACCGCAACAAACACCCACCACGCAAGCUGGAGGAAUACAAAUUGUACAACAGAUCGUCACUCCUAGCGGCGAAAUUCAACAAAUACCUAUUCAGUUGACUCCCCAGCAAUUGCAGAUGAUUCGCAUGCAGGUGCAAGGCGGAAGCAAUCAACCGAUUAUAAUCCAAACCGCUCCGAUUCAGACUCAACCACAAUUAAUACAAGUUGCACAAGGUUCUCAAGCUCCAGUUUUCUUACAAACCUCCACUGCUGAUACUGAAUAAUAUUAAUUAACUUUAAUACCUUAGCUAUAUUGAUAUUACGACAUAAUAUAACGAGAGAGAUUUUGAUAAACUAGAUUAUUUUGUAACUAAAGUUAUUCGAUAAAUUAAUUGCCGUUACAUUCAGAUAUAAAUAUCUUUUCUUAUAUGCAACUUGACAAAGUAAAAACAGUUGUCUCUUAAUUGAAAUUAUUUGGUAAUUAAUAUCAAGAAUCAUUGUUUUUCUUUUAUUCGCAAAAAGACUUUCCUUUCUAUGUAUUAACACCUACGAGAUUUAUCACACAAUGCAAUAAAUGUAUCUUCAUUGCAAUACUGUCUCGUCUUUUUUUAUUAUAUUCGCUGGUCGCUAAAGGAAUAUGCAGUGUGCUAAAAAUUGUUAACAAACAGAAAAUCGACACGACGCGUCUAUAAACAAAACAAGUUUUAAUAAGUGUUCAUUUGCUAAAAAAUUCUCACUUAUUUCGCAAUGUGUCUUUCAUCUUGUAUGCCGUGAUCUUUUUAAACAUGCCAUGGAAAAUUAUUACCCGGGAAUUCUUUCUCGAAAAUAUCUCUGUUCAUCCGUAGUGCGUCCGUGAUGCGUUGUUAUAAGCUGAUCGAAGGGUUGGUCACUGAAGCGAAAUGAGGUGAAUCGAGGCGAUGUAAGGUGAAGAAUAAAGAUAAGCAGCCAACGCGAGAUGUAAUCUGAUUCGUACGUCGCGUUCCUUAGCCGCUGGUUGCCUGCUUCGCAUGGCUGAGCUUAGGACUGGCUGGUGCAACUUGUAUUAUGUUUCACGUUGCUGCGGUUCUUGUCUGGCGAGUCUUGACGCUCAGGAUCCCCACAAUAGCCUCGAAAUGUCACGUAACAGUAACUACACGUAUUCUUAUUAAUUCGUUAAUAUGCGCAUUAAUGUAACGCCGUUAUCCGUAAUGUAAAUAGAAAAUAACUAUGGUACCUUCAUUAAUCAUUCGCUUAUCGUGGAACACAUAUAUAUUUAUACCAUUAUAUUGUUCACUGGCAACAAAUGAUAAUAAAUUAAUGAGCGAA